UGCCGCUCGGGCUGCUGCUAGUUCGGCUGCAAUUGAGGAAUGAGGAGCCUCGCCCGGCCGCUUCCCUGCGAGCCCGGGAACCAGCGGGGGCCGGGGCCGGGCUUUCCCCGCGCAUCUAAUGCACCAUGCACCGCGCUCGGGCGUUGAUCCUCCUGGUCACCCUGCACAUCUGCGCUCCGGAAACCGAGACGCCGACAGCCGGCUGCACCUUCGAGGAAGACGUGGAUUUAAACCAGUGUGAGUACAGCCAGCGGGAGGACGAUGACUUCGAGUGGGAGCUGAUCCGCAGCUAUGUCAUGCCUCACCUGACCUCUGACCUUCCUCACGUUCAGCCACUGCAUCGAAAAAUCAGUUCUUCUGGCAGGGCUAUGCCACUUCAACAGGGAGCAGGAUUUAUUUUAAGUUCCUACCUGAUGGUCAACUCCUCCCAGCAUGCGCCGGGGCAGAAAGCUCACCUCUUCUUCCAGACGCUGAGUGAGAAUGAUACCCACUGCCUCCAGUUCAGCUACUUCAUGUACAGCCGGGAUGGCCACAGCCCCGGCUCCCUCAACGUCUACGUGAAGGUGAACGGGGGCCCGCUGGGCAGCCUGGUGUGGAACGUGUCCGGCUCCCAUGGGCGGCAGUGGCAUCAGGCUGAGCUGGCCGUCAGCAUGUUUUGGCCCAACGAGUACCAGGUCCUGUUCGAGGCGGUGAUCUCUGGCGAGCGCAGAGGAUACCUCGGCUUGGAUGACAUCCUGCUCUUGAAUUAUCCGUGCUCCAAAGCUCCUCAUUUCUCCCGCCUGGGCGACGUGGAGGUCAACGCCGGGCAGAAUGCCACCUUCCAGUGCGUGGCAGCCGGGAAGGCAUUGGAGGCGGAGAGGUUCCUCAUGCAGAGGCAGAAUGGAGCUGUCGCCCUAGCUGCCUCAGUGAAGCACAUCAGCCAUAGAAGGUUCCUGGCUACCUUCCAGCUGGACCAGGUCUCCAAGGGGGAGCAGGAUCUUUACCGCUGCGUCAGCCAGUCCGUGCGGGGCUCCGGCGUCUCCAACUUUGCCGAGCUGAUUGUGAAAGAGCCCCCCACGCCCAUCGCUCCUCCCCAGCUGCUCCGAGCAGGCUCCACCUACUUGAUCAUCCAGCUCAACACCAACUCCAUCAUCGGCGACGGCCCCAUUGUGCGCAAGGAGAUCGAGUACCGCAUGACCUCGGGGCCCUGGUCGGAGGUCCACGCAGUCAACAUGCAGACCUACAAGCUGUGGCACCUGGAUCCCGACACGGAGUACGAGAUCAGCGUGCUGCUCACGCGGCCGGGAGAUGGAGGGACUGGCAAGCCGGGGCCGCCCCUCAUAAGCAGGACCAAAUGCGCAGAGCCCAUGAGGGCCCCCAAAGGCCUGGCCUUCUCUGAGAUCCAGUCCAGGCAGCUGACGCUGCAGUGGGAGCCGCUGGGCUACAACCUGACGCGCUGCCACACCUACACGGUCUCCCUCUGCUACCGCUACUUCGUGGGCACCAGCCACAACCAGACCUUCCGGGAGUGCAUGAAGAUGGAGCGCAGCGUCCACCGCUACACCAUCAAGAACCUGCUGCCCUACAAGAACGUCCACGUGAAGCUCAUCCUCUCCAACCCCGAGGGGCGCAAGGAAGGGAAGGAGAUGAUAUUCCAGACAGACGAGGAUGUCCCCGGAGGCAUUGCCUCGGAGUCACUCACCUUCACCCCCUUGGAGGACAUGAUCUUCCUGAAAUGGGAAGAGCCACUGGAGGCCAACGGGCUGAUCACCCAGUAUGAGAUCAGCUAUCAGAGCAUCGAGUCUUCGGACCCAGCCGUCAACGUGCCAGGCCCCCGCCGCACCGUCUCCAAGCUCCGCAACGAGACCUACCACGUCUUCUCCAACCUGCACCCGGGCACCACCUACCUGUUCUCCGUGCGGGCGCGCACUGGCAAGGGUUUCGGCCAGACUGCGCUGACCGAGAUCACCACCAACAUCUCCGCUCCCAGCUUCGACUACGGGGACAUGCCGUCGCCUCUGAGUGAGUCGGAGAGCACCAUCACGGUGCUGCUGAGGCCGGCGCAGGGAAGAGGGGCCCCCAUCAGCACCUACCAAGUCAUCGUGGAGGAAGACCGGCCCAAGAAGACGAAGCGGGAGCUGGGGGGCCAGGACUGCUUCCCAGUGCCGCUGACCUUUGACGACGCUGUGUCCCGGGGCUCCGUGCACUACUUUGGAGCCGAGCUGCCUCCCAACAGCCUCCCUGAAGCCAAACCCUUCACCGUCGGGGACAACCAGACGUACAGUGGGUACUGGAACCCCCCGCUGGAGCCCAAGAAGGCUUAUCUCAUCUACUUCCAGGCCAUGAGCAACCUGAGAGGGGAGACCAGGCUGAACUGCAUUCGAAUCGCCCGCAAAGCUGCCUGCAAAGAGAGCAAGCGUCCCCUGGAGGUGUCCCAGCACUCGGAGGAGAUGGGCCUGAUCCUGGGCAUUUGUGCUGGGGGGCUGGUUGUCUUGAUUAUCCUCCUUGGAGCGAUCAUUGUCAUCAUCCGGAAAGGGAGGAACUACUAUUCCUAUUCCUAUUACCCGAAACCUGUCAACAUGACGAAAGCUACUAUUAACUACCGCCAUGAGAAGACCCACAUGAUGAGCGCCAUCGACCGGAGCUUCACAGACCAGAGCACCCUGCAGGAGGAUGAGAGGCUCGGCCUGUCCUUCAUGGAUGCACACAACUGCAGCAACAGGGGUGACCAGCGCAGCAGUGCAGUCAAUGAGUCCAGCAGCUUGCUCGGAGGCUCCCCCCGGCGCCAGUGCGGGCGCAAGGGCUCCCCGUACCACACCGGGCAGCUCCACCCUGCCGUCAGAGUGGCCGAUCUCCUCCAGCACAUCAACCAGAUGAAGACAGCGGAAGGCUACGGCUUCAAGCAGGAGUAUGAGAGUUUCUUUGAAGGCUGGGAUGCAUCUAAGAAGAAAGACAAGACCAAAGGGAGGCAGGAUCACAUACCAACCUACGACCGACAUCGAGUCAAGCUGCACCCGCUGCUCGGGGACCCCAAUUCGGAUUACAUUAACGCUAACUACAUCGACAUUCGGAUAAAUCGAGAAGGUUACCACAGAUCCAACCACUUCAUAGCCACUCAAGGCCCCAAGCAGGAAAUGGUGUACGACUUCUGGCGCAUGGUGUGGCAGGAGCACUGUUCCAGCAUCGUGAUGAUCACCAAGCUGGUGGAGGUGGGAAGGGUGAAGUGUUCCAAGUACUGGCCGGACGACUCUGAGAUGUACGGAGACAUCAAAAUCACCCUGGUCAAAUCAGAGCUGCUGGCGGAAUACGCCGUCCGGACGUUUGCCCUGGAGAGGAGGGGCUACUCGGCGCGGCACGAGGUGAAGCAGUUCCACUUCACGUCGUGGUCCGAACACGGGGUGCCUUACCACGCCACCGGGCUCUUGGCCUUCAUCCGGAGAGUGAAGGCUUCCACGCCCCUUGAUGUGGGGCCUAUAGUCAUCCACUGCAGUGCUGGCACCGGGAGGACGGGCUGUUACAUCGUCCUGGAUGUGAUGCUGGAUAUGGCUGAGUGCGAGGGCGUUGUGGACAUUUACAACUGUGUGAAGACGCUUUGUUCGCGGAGAAUCAACAUGAUCCAGACCGAGGAGCAAUACAUCUUCAUCCACGACGCCAUCCUGGAAGCCUGCCUAUGUGGGGAGACCGCCAUCCCGGUCAGUGAAUUCAGGCCGACGUACAAGGAGAUGGUCAGGAUAGAACCGCAGAGCAACUCUUCACAGCUGCGGGAGGAAUUCCAAACCCUGAACUCGGUCACACCCCACCUGGACGUGGAGGAGUGCAGCGUCGCUCUCCUGCCACGGAACCGGGAGAAGAACCGCAGCAUGGACGUCCUGCCUCCGGACCGAUGCCUUCCCUUCCUCAUCUCCAUGGACGGGGACAGUAACAACUACAUCAAUGCGGCCUUAACCGACAGCUACACCAAGAGUGCGGCCUUCGUCGUCACCCUGCACCCUCUGCAGAACACCACCGCCGACUUCUGGAGACUGGUGUACGACUACGGCUGCACCUCCAUCGUCAUGCUCAACCAGCUCAACCAGUCCAACUCCGCCUGGCCCUGUUUACAGUACUGGCCAGAGCCAGGGCUCCAGCAGUACGGGCCAAUAGAAGUGGAGUAUGUUUCCCGAUCAGCUGAUGAGGAUUUCGUUGCUCGCCUCUUCCGGGUGCAGAACAUCACACGGUUGCAGGAAGGGCACCUGAUGGUCCGGCAUUUCCAGUACCUGAGAUGGUCAGCGUACAGGGAUACGCCAGACUCCAAGAAGUCGUUCCUGCACCUGCUGGCCCAAGUGGAGAAGUGGCAGGAGGAGAGCGGUGACGGGAGGACAGUCGUGCACUGCUUGAAUGGGGGUGGUCGGAGCGGCACUUUCUGUGCCUGUACCAUGAUCCUGGAGAUGAUCAAGUGUCACAACUUGGUGGAUGUUUUCUAUGCUGCAAAGACCCUCCGCAACUACAAGCCAAAUAUGGUUGAGACCUUGGAACAGUAUCAUUUCUGCUACGACAUAGCACUGGAAUACCUGGAAUCACUGGAGACAAGAUAGCAUCGUGCCGGAAGAUGGAAAGCAAAUGUUUGUUUAGGGUUCACGCCAAACAUGCAUUUUGCACUUGGACUUUGAGCUAGUGUGACUGGUGAGAGGAGGGGGAAAUAAUGGACAGAAUAAAAAAAUUACAAUAAUGAAAAGCAAAAGGCAGGACAUGGAGAAAUGUCAGCCAUGAUAGAUCUUCAUCCUCCUGCUCUCCAUCUCCCAGGCCCUCUUUCCACACUCAUGGGAUAGAGCUCAAACAGGUUGGUUGCCAGCACUCGUUCCCUUACCAUGGUGAUGCUGCCGUGACAGCCAGGACUGUGAAACAUAGAAGGGCGAGUAAGAGGACUUCACCUGUGGACACCUUUGGACACAUCCAACGCAGGAGCAGACCAUGGCUAAAGCAGAAGCAAAGUGGGAAGGAAAAAAGAGGAAUUCCAGCCUGUUUCUCAGUGAUGGUCGCAAAGGAUUUGUGGAAACAACAGUAGUUGGGGUUUUUGAAUUGUAUUUUCAGUCUAAGCAGCUUUUCAGAGGAGCCCAGAAGGCCCUCUGCAGCCUUUGGCCUCUGUGGAGACACAAGCCAUGUUGGAGUGAAGACACUAAAGCGAGUUGUGUCAUUUUCAGUCUCAGUUUUAAUCAUGAGUUUGAUGUUCGCUAAUGGAUGCCAACUUCCCGAGAGAGAGUCAUAUUUUAUUUGUGUGUCCCCCCAGAGCAUUUAGCCCAUUGGCAGAUGUGGGGAUGGGGGAAUCCAGGCUGUGUAAAAUUGGGCAGGGGCAUAACGACUGCUCCUGUCCAGUGCUCACACCCAGCCUAAGCUAUCCUGGCAAGGUUUUCUGAAGUGGCUAAGUGAUUUUGGGUGCCUCAAUCUUUUGGGUGCCCAUAACGAGGUACGUUAAAGGCCCCUGAUUUUCAGAGGGCGAGUUCUCAGCCCUUCCUGGAAGGUCCUUUCAAGGUGUCUCAAACUGGGUGCCCAAAAGUUGAGACGACCACAAUCACCUGGUCGUCCUGGCCUUCCGUGUGUGGUGUUUCACAGUCUCCUGGAACCAGCCGCUUUGCCACUGGCUGCUGCCUCGCUCAAAGGACAGCAGCAGUCAGCAACUAAGCAGGAAGGAACCUUCUAAGAGGGCUGAGUCAGUAUUGCUAGCACCAGAUGGCACGUGGGAAUAGGUCUGGGCUGGGUAGCCACAGCUGGAAGCAGUGGGGGCCUCAGAAUUAAGGCCAAAAUAUUUCAGUCGGGAGGGUCUGACCCUCAGAUUAGAGCAGGUAAAUUCAGAGGAACCCCACAGAGUGGCCAGAUCCUGCACUCUGUUACAGCUGGUGUAAAUCAGAGUGUUUCCUUUUGAAGCCUGUGGGCCAAAAUCUACUAUGGUAAAUGCAGAGGAAUUCCACUGCAAUCGCAGCCCGGAGGCUGCCGGCAGUUACACCCCGGUACAUCUAGAUCCAACCAAGUGAUAUCUGUAGCAAGUCCUCCAUUACCAGGGCAGGUUUAUCAGCUCUGAAAUGGGAGCAGCAUCUGUCCCAGGGGUGGGCAAACCACGGUCCGUGGGCUGUUUCCGGCCCAUCCGACAUUUUUAUCCAGCUCUCGAGCUCCCCCUAGGGAGUGGGGUUGCGGGCUUGCUGCAGCCCGGAGCUCCCAUCAAGGAGCGGGACUUUCCCUGCUGCGCCCACCCAGGGCUCCCCCGCACCCGACUCACAAUUCCCUUGAUGAGCACCAUCUUCCAGCACCCAGAGCCACACUGCGCAGGUGUGACUUCACUGCUCUUUCUGGGAUCAGAAACCCCCACCCACGCAGCAGCGCACCCAGUCCCCUCCCGGUCCGCUACGGCUCCACCCUCGAGAGCCUCAAAACUGCCCAGGGGCUGCACCCGUCCCAGCUAGGUUCCUCUGCCCGUGGAGGGGCCUGGUACUGCCGCCUUGGUGUCACUGCCAGCAGGUCCCAUAGGAGUCCCCGGUACCACCCCUGUAGAGCCCCCUCACCACACCCCACGAGUCCCCCCUCCCCCCACCUCAGUAACAUCCCAUAUAGAGCCCCUCCAUGUUACACCCCAUAGAGUCCCCCUCCCCCACUGGGCAUUCAUGGCUCGCUGUGCAAUUUCCAUACCCAGAUGCAGCCCUCAGGCCAAAAAGUUUGCCAUCCCUCAUCUAUCCAGACAGCUAAGAAUAGACUUGGGGUCUAAUUCAUAGGGCAGCUGGGUAGGCAAGAGUGGGAUCUGGAGGAGUAGCCAGCACAGGGAUGGCAACUGCAGCUGUCCCAGAGAGCAGUGAGCGGGUGGGGAAGGGCAGAGAUGAGGUGAGCUGGGGUGGGAAGGGAGGAAGCUUUGUCAUAAGAACUUGCAGCAAGGUCAGAGCACUGCAUGCCUUGACCUCCUGCUAUGGAACAUUAUUGAUGUGGCCAAAACUUUACGGUUUCUGGUUGGGUUGAUCCCACCUAUUGAUGGGGGUUGGCAUCAGCAGUCACUUUACUUCAUCCUGCUGUCGGAACUGGAAGAAAGGUUCAUUCCAGCAGGACGCAGCCCAGGCAGCCUCCAGCUCUUGGGGUGACGUUCAGCAAGGUUUCUCCUCCAUAGCUCAUCCAUUGCUACUACCUCUGGACCCCAAAGUCCUUCGUGUUUCUCUGUUACCCUCAGCAGAUAUUAACCUGGAGUGGGUUGUGGGCCCCUGACAGCCAGUCUGACUUGGGCUUGGAAUGGUAUUCCCCUGGAAUUCCCCUCUAUUCGGCAUUGGUGAGGCCUCAUCUGGAGUACUGGGUCCAGUUUUGGGCCCCACACUACA